AUGUGCUUUGCUUCUUCUUCUUCUUCUUCUUCUUGUUAUCAAGGAGAGGUGAUCAACAAAAGAAAAGAAACAAAACUCACCCUGUCUUGUUCCUGGUUUAUGAUGGUUGCUAAGCUAGUUUGUGCCAUUUUCUUCCGGAGCUGUCUCUGGGUGUUACUGGUCUCUAGCUUGAACUAUUCAUUUGAGACCGACAUAAACUGCCUGAAAAGCUUAAAAUCCCAACUCCAGGACCCCAAAGCACAUCUUUCUAAUUGGAUAUUUGGAAACUACAGUGAAGGUUAUAUCUGCAAAUUCUUUGGCGUGGAAUGCUGGGGUAGUGAACAGAAUAGGGUGCUAAGCAUCAAUCUUGGGGGAUAUGGUCUAAAGGGAGAGUUUCCUAGUGGUGUUACGUUAUGUACUUCCAUGGAGAGUCUAAAUCUCACUGGAAACAACCUAUAUGGCAUUAUCCCAUCAGAAUUUUUCUCAUUUAUUCCAUAUCUUGUUACUCUAGACCUCUCUCACAAUAACUUUGCUAGUAAUAUCCCUGCUAGUCUGUCAAAUAUGUACUACUUAAAAACGCUUUUGCUUGAUCAUAACUGGUUCACCGGUCACUUCCCAUCCGGGUUAGGCUCAAGUCCACGACUCCAACAGUUCUCAGUGUCCCACAAUGAUCUCGAUGGUCCAGUUCCAGAUUUCUACUCCAUGGCUAUUAUCGCAGCCAGCAUUUCUACAGCUGCCUUUUUUCCUGUAGGUGCAUGCGUCGGUUGGUUCUAUGUUGGCAAGACGCAGAAAAACCAUCCAAAAAAAGAAGCAAAAUCCUAA